AUGUUAGAUCGAAGAAGUUAAAGUCCAAUAGCUACAAGUCAGAGAAUGGGAACAGCAAGAGCAAUAUUUGAUUCAGGUUCUGAAUUAGAACCAACUAAACGAUUAACAAGAUCAAUUAGAAAUACAAGCACAGAACAAAAAAAAACAGAACAACAAUAAAUAAAUUAUUAAUAUGGAGUAACAGAAUAUAUAGAAAAAAACUGUAUUUAAAAUUAUUUAACUAGCUCCUAAUGAUGAUUAAAAUCUAAAUGAAUAGAAAAAAUAUCAAAAUUCAGAAUUAGACACUUACAGAACUAGUUAAGUUUACAAACCAUAAUAUGUGAAUGCAAAAUAGACUUCAUAAUUUAAUUAUUAAAGUCUAGACUAUAAAAAACCAGAAAGUGGAUCAUUUAUUUAGACAGGNUAGAUAUGUACUAAUCUUAAAAUUAUGACUACAACUUUUAUGGUAAAAUGUAUGAAUUUCUAAAAAGAUUUGAAAUAAAUCUGUUAACAAUUGCUUUACUUUUGA